GCUUGGGCCUCGGCGAAGGUGACCCUUGCGGAGAGGCCGCGUCGUGGUCUUGCUGGGAGCGUUUCUUAGCGCGUGCUGGGUCCGCUGGGCGUGUACCAGCCGCCGGGCCGCACCUUCGGCGGCCCCGAGACCUGACGCUGAAUACCGGGUGCUGUGAGGCGCCCGCGCCGACACCGGCACCGGCACCAGAACCAGACAUCACCACAGACCUCAGCAGCUUCUCCAGUUUCACUCAGGCCUCUGCCAGCCCGUUUUGUUUUGUUUUGUUUUUUCGAGCAUCAUUAUUUCUUGGUGUAUGAAGAUAACCCAGAGAACUGAGGAAGUUUCUAAGGAGUGUGCAGGGGAUGCUGUAGGAAAGACUGAGUGCUGAAGAAAGUGAACACCAUGGAUCAGAACAACAGCCUGCCACCUUAUGCUCAGGGCUUGGCCUCCCCACAGGGUGCCAUGACUCCUGGGAUCCCCAUCUUUAGUCCAAUGAUGCCUUAUGGCACAGGACUUACACCACAGCCUAUUCAGAACACGAAUAGCCUGUCUAUUUUGGAAGAGCAACAAAGACAGCAGCAGCAGCAGCAGCAACAACAACAACAACAGCAGCAACCGCAGGCAGCAUCUUCAGUGCAGCAGUCAACAUCCCAGCAGUCCACACAGGGGUCCUCAGGACAGACCCCACAGCUCUUUCAUUCUCAAACUCUGACCACUGCACCCUUGCCAGGCACCACUCCCCUGUACCCAUCUCCAAUGACCCCUAUGACCCCCAUCACUCCUGCCACACCAGCCUCUGAGAGUUCUGGGAUUGUCCCACAGCUGCAAAAUAUUGUUUCCACUGUGAAUCUUGGUUGUAAACUUGACCUAAAGACCAUUGCACUUCGUGCCCGAAAUGCUGAGUAUAACCCCAAGCGGUUUGCUGCUGUCAUCAUGAGAAUAAGAGAACCACGAACCACAGCACUGAUUUUCAGUUCUGGAAAAAUGGUGUGCACAGGAGCCAAGAGUGAAGAACAAUCCAGAUUAGCAGCAAGAAAAUAUGCCAGAGUUGUACAGAAGUUGGGUUUUCCAGCUAAGUUCUUAGACUUCAAGAUCCAGAACAUGGUGGGGAGCUGCGAUGUGAAGUUCCCCAUAAGGCUGGAAGGUCUUGUGCUCACUCACCAGCAGUUCAGUAGCUAUGAGCCAGAAUUAUUUCCUGGAUUAAUUUACAGAAUGAUCAAACCCAGAAUUGUUCUCCUUAUAUUUGUUUCUGGAAAAGUUGUAUUGACAGGUGCUAAAGUUAGAGCAGAAAUUUAUGAAGCAUUUGAAAACAUCUACCCCAUCCUAAAAGGAUUCAGGAAGACCACGUAGUAGCUGCCAUGUACUCCUGACUCCCCCACCCAUACUAGUCAGUUUUGGUACCUCUGAUGGUGCAGCUGUGAGAAUAUGGAUGCUCACUUACAGGGGCCAGCAUCAAGUGACACUGCAUGUUCUCCAGGAUGCUGGGAAGGCUAUUUCCCCUACACUGAUACCACCUUGCAACAUGACUGAAUUGCUUGUAUUGUGCUGCUAUUUGGGCAGCACUGCCCAUUUAUUUAUAUUUAGAUUUUAAAUUCUGCUGUUAGCAAAUUAAGAGACAGAAUUUUAAGUGUUCAAAUGACCUAUACAAUUGGACUUUCUAUUGUUUUAUUUUUCCUCAUAACCCACAGUUUUUAUAUUUCUACCAGAAAAGUAAAAGGCUUUUUAAAAAUGUUGUUCUUAAUAGUUUGUAAUUCUUAGAAGUUAUUUUUGUGCCAGACACAUUCCACCCUCCCAGUAUUGCAGACUGAAUAGCUGUAUUUACAAGAACAUAAGGCUGUACAUAAUUUUCUUUCUUCAGAUUUCUCUGUACAAAAAAUGCAACUUAUGAAAUUGUUAGAUUUUUGUUAUAAAUAAUACCUUGUAAGAGUUUGUGUGAUCAUACUAUUAAAAAAUUUUAUUUUAGAUAUAACGCCUGAAACCA